AUGAUUCACCCUGUCAGUCCAGGAUCUAUCUUUAUGUUACCUCAUGGUACUCGCAUCGUUCACAAACUACAGGACUUUUUACGUUCAGAAUAUGCAAGAUACGGAUACGAAGAAGUCAUGACACCACUCAUUUACAAGAAGGAUCUUUGGGAGACAAGCGGGCAUUGGCAAAACUACAAGGAUGACAUGUAUAUGGUCAGCGGUACAGGGGACGAUGAAGGAUUAUUUGGUCUGAAACCAAUGAAUUGUCCUGGGCACUGUUUGAUAUUUGAUAGCACCCCCAAGUCAUAUCGCGAUCUACCUAUCCGACUGGCUGACUUUAGUCCACUUCACAGAAACGAAGCCUCAGGUGCAUUAUCUGGAUUAACUCGUGUGCGUCGAUUCCAUCAAGAUGACGCUCACAUCUUUUGUACCAAACAACAGAUUACGCCCGAAAUCACCUCUUGUCUGUCCUUUGUUGACCGUGUCUACAAGGCAUUCCAGUUCCCACACUACGACCUCACUCUCUCAACACGACCUGAAGAGAAUUAUAUCGGCAGCCUCGAAGAAUGGGAUCAAGCUGAAGAUGCCCUCAAACAAGCAUUGAACGCUACCGGACGUCCAUGGACGAUCAAGGAGGGAGAUGGUGCCUUUUACGGACCAAAGAUUGACAUCAUGGUUAAGGACUCAAGUGGCAAAUCACAUCAAACAGCUACCAUUCAGCUCGAUUUCCAACUGCCUCAGCGGUUCCAGCUCAGCUAUGUUGACGAACAAGAUCACGCUCAACGACCAGUCAUUGUUCAUCGCGCCAUCCUGGGUUCGAUUGAACGUAUGUUGGCCAUCCUGAUUGAACAUACCAAGGGUAAAUGGCCAUUCUGGUUAAGCCCUCGUCAAGGCAUUGUCAUUCCCGUUUCAACUCAGUUUGCUGAUUAUGCCCAGCAGGUUGCUCGCUCCCUUUCUCUAGGAAAAGAUCAUACAGAACCUCAGUACUAUGUAGAUACAGAUAAUUCGCCUCGUGAUCGCUUGAAUAAGAUGAUUCGACAGGCUCAGUUACAGCAGUAUAACUUUAUCUUUGUCGUUGGUCAAAAGGAAAUGGAUCAAGGUACGGUUAAUGUGAGAACAAGAAAAGGUGAUGUAUUGGGAACUAUGAGUAUAGAAGAUAUUCGAGCCAUGUUUGGACGUAUGACGGCUAAUUUAGAAUAA